AUGGCGCCAUGGCUUCUACAAAAGCGAAGAAACGAGACAGUUUCUGUCGAUGCAAUCGCCGCUAUGUACGAUGCCGAGCUUGGACUAUUCAUGAAGAAGCAUCGCCUCCCCGAUGGCGGUUACGAGCUCCCCAUUGAUGGGCGGGACAAGCUGUCGAAGCACGAGCGCAACUGUCUCGCGCAACCGUCUCGCCGAGAGGUUGAAGGUCCAAGAUGUACAUUGCAUGGUACUAGUCGCCCUUCUAUGCCCUAG